AUGUGGACUGCAGCAUUAUUCGUGUUUUUAAUGAUUAGUUGUCAAUUAUCUGAUGGAGGACGUUUAAGGCGUCGUCGACAAAUGGGCUAUCAAAAUCAAGGAUGGGCUAACACGUAUAACCGUUAUCCAUAUUCAAAUCAAUAUUAUGGAUCUUCGAUAUAUGGACAGGGACAAUAUGGAAAUAAUCCGUAUGGAGGUAGCUAUGGUCAAAGCAAUAACUACGGUUAUCCAUACAACAAUGCAUAUGGUUCGGGGUAUAAUUAUAAUGGAUAUUAUCGCAAUGAUAACGGAUAUCUGAAAUCCAACGCAUUAUUGAGCUAUAUUUUAUUACUUAUUCCUGUAUUAAUGGUGAAAAUUUAA